AUGGCGCGAACACGCAGAAGUAACCUCUCUGUGGAGGAUUCCUGGCGCAUGGUAGAUGGAGGUGAAAAUGAUAGUUUUGAUACGACUAUUAUUCAAGAUCCUUUCGAGGGCGACCCUAUCAUAUUCAGCAGCCAGUCACAACCAUCUCAACAGUCUCAGAUGACCUCGUCAUCCCAAGCCCAAAGUGUGGCAUCCCAAGACAGUAUUCGUGACUUUGCCAAUAAUGCGGAUGAAGACCGGGUUAUAUUACGAGCUCCCUUUCAGCCUUCACUUGCUCCCACUAGACAUACCUCUAUGGAUAAGGAUCGAACGCCUGUUCCGGAAUUCUUUAUGCCUACCGUUGAAAUUAACAGUGAACAAGGUAGUCGCCGUUCAUCAAGAUCUACCAAUCCUAUCAUGCACGAGUCGCGCUUUACCAAAAGAAGAGGCAACCGUCGAGACAGUGAUACAACUGCACGACAAUCUCAAUACCAGCAAGAUGAAUUGCUCCCAAGACCUUCACUUGCAGAGAGAUUUACAAGCUCUGUUCCCGGCUUUCUAUUCGAGCUUGCUUCCUGGAUCAUAGGUGUCCUUCGCAUGACUCUCCGAUACGCACAGUGGCCACUGGCUAUUCUCCUCGCCAUUUAUCUGAUCAUCGGCGCAACUAUAACGGCUAAAGACAUAAUUAUCAGCUCCGUUUCAGCGCCUCUUGCACCUAUAUGUUGGAUACCAGGCGUAUCUCUGGUUAACCUUCCGUUCUGCCCAAAGGAUUCACGCUCGGGAGUACGCGACGGCUCAUCGGUGGUUGAAUUCGAUGAGCUCAUGAACGUGCAAGCUCAAUUUGAGAAGGUGCUAGAAGAAUCGGCACAGGGUGUCUCAUUGCCGAUGGAUAUGAAGCGAUCAGAAGCCUCCGUCCGAGACCUACGUACAAUGGUCAAAUAUAGCGAGUUACCAACUCGCGCCGAGCUAGUCCACGAAUUUGAUACUUACAUUGAUAUCGUCCGGACUAGCGCCAACGACUUGCAAAUGUUCAACACCCAUGUCGGUGGUGCAGUCGAUAGCAUUAUUAGCAUCAACCGAUGGACAACGCGGUAUAUCGACUCGAUCGCCAUGAACCGCGAAGCCCAUAACAAUAUGCUAUCGCGCUUUAGUGACUGGAUUUUCUCCCCCUUCCAGGUGUCAGUAUUUGACGAGCGUGCUCUCUUAGACAAAUACAUCGAACACACAGCUUUAGUAUCGGACAAGAUUGCGAGCCUCAUUGUGGAGGCACAGGGAAUACUACGCCUACUUGGCGAAGCAGAGAAUUCACUACAGCUUAUAAAUGAGCAUGUCGUGCGCACAAGUAACGUGAUGAAGGAGAAGCAGAAUGAAGUAUUUUGGAACAUAUGGACGCUGGUGGGGGCUAACACCCGUCGCCUCCACAACAUAAGAGUACAGCUUGGCCUGCUGCAACAAGUCAACACGCAACGAAACUCAGCAGUCCAGCGGCUAGAUAGCUUAGUCCAUGACUUGUACGAUAUCCAAACGAAGCUAGGCGACCUGAGAGAUAGAGUCGCUGCCCCAGAACUGCUGGCAGACUCGACAACCAUACCUCUGGCGGUACACAUCGAGACUAUCAACGCUGGAGUCGAAAGGUUGGAGACCGCGCGUGGUCGUAUCCGAGCCGAGGAGAAUGAACGACUUCGACAAGCGCUACAGAGAUCAAGGGAGGAUGACCACUUAAUCGAUGGUUAA